GCCCGUUCCCCCGACCGGUCGAUUGUCGAAACCGCAUUACAAUGUGCUCAUGGCACAAUUGCGGGAGUAUUUGCACACUGCAGUACCAACUCCGUUGAUGGACGCCGGAGUAGAGGUUGUCGACCUUCAGGAGUACAUCGCGAAGAUCGACCGCGAGUUCAAGGCACAACGGUACGACGACAUUGACGCACCAUUGUUGUAUGUACGCAUUCAGAUCGGAGAGGCGACCUGCGGCGCCUUGAUCGAUUGCGGUGCAACUCGCAACUACAUGAGUCAGGACUUCAUGGUACGUGCCGGCCUUGGCCCACGCGUCAGGAGGAAGUCCCAUCCGACACACGUGACGUUGGCCGAUGGUCACACGCACAAGUCAAUUGACCGGUGCAUUGACAACGUCCCUGUGUAUUUCGCCCCGCAUGCACGCGAGGCCGUGUCCUUCGACAUUCUGGACACUAAGUUCGACAUGAUUUUGGGCAUGUCAUGGCUGCGAAGUGAGGACCACCGGGUGAACUUCUACCGCUGCACCGUUCACGUUCGUGACCGGAAUGGAGUACUAGUCCCAUGCACGGUGCCUCCUCCUCACCCUUCGAUCAGCUGUCACGUGGUGUCCGCCGCAAGUAUUCGAGGUUCCAUCAUCAAGGAUGACAUUGAGGAGAUGGGGGUGUGUUUUCUCCACGCCCUCCCGCCCCAGGACACCCCAUUGACGGACGCAUCAUCGGACCCAUGCAUCACUGAGCUUCUCGCCACUUAUAGUGACGUGUUCGAGGCCCCGCACAGGGUAGUACCGGAUCGGCCCAUCCACCACAAGAUCAUCCUCGAGGACGGGGCUGUACCUCCGCGUGGUUGCAUCUACCGAAUGAGCGAGGAAGAGUUAAGUGUGCUACGGGCACAACUCGACGACCUUCUGGAGAAAGGCUGGAUUCGRCCUAGCUCUUCGCCAUACGGUGCGCCUGUUCUCUUCGUCCGGAAGAAGAACAAGGAUUUGCGGUUGUGCAUCGACUAUCGUAAGCUCAACGCGCAGACGGUCAAGAACGCCAGCCCUCUCCCACGCAUCGACGAUCUGCUGGAGCGACUGGGCAGCGCCAAGUUCUUCUCCAAGUUGGACCUCAAGUCGGGUUAUCACCAACUUGAGAUUCGCCCGGAGGACCGAUACAAGACUGCGUUUAAAACGCGAUAUGGGCAUUUCGAAUGGCUGGUCAUGCCGUUUGGCCUUACGAAUGCCCCAGCCACAUUCCAGGCGGCUAUGACAUUGGAGUUUCGACACAUGCUGGAUCGUUUCGUACUCAUCUACCUCGACGACAUCUUGGUGUACAGUCGGAGUUUGGACGAGCAUGUGGAGCACCUGCGCACCGUGCCAUUCGUAUUCGAUGACGACGCGCGCCAGGCUUUCCAAGCACUCAAGAUGGCCAUGCUCAUGGCACCCGUCCUUAGCAUCUACGACCCCAYUCUGCCUACGAGAGUGACRAYUGACGCUUCCGGUUACGGCAUUGGGGCAGUCUUGGAGCAGCACGACGGCGAGGAUUGGCACMCUGUGGAGUAUUUCAGCCACAAAGUGCCUCCCAUCAAUUCUCUGGAUGAUGCAAGGAAGAAGGAGCUGCUUGCGUUCGUCAUGGCUCUCAAGCGAUGGCAGCACUUCCUUCUUGGACGUCGUAGGUUCACAUGGGUCACGGACAAUAACCCAUUGACCUACUACAAGACGCAGGACACGGUGAGCAGCACGAUUGGACGGUGGAUGUACUUCAUCGACCAGUUCGACUUCACACCGAAACACGUUGACGGCCUCUCCAAUUGCGCAGCAGAUGCACUUUCACGACGACCUGAUCUUUGCGCUAUGACGCAUCACGCCUUCUACCAACCACGGCACUCUAAGCACCUACCCACCGAUAUAGGUGCUUGAAGUGGUUCGGUCGGUAUAGGUGCUUGGAGAAG